AUGACUAAGUUCUCCAAAAAUGGGCAUAUGCUGCUAAUUGCAGCAAGCACGCGGUAUUCUUUAGUAAAAGGCGAAAGAAUAGUUCGCUCUGUGCUCUCUGCACGGCUCCGUGAUUUCCAAGUGAAGCUCAAGCUGCUUAAUAUAUUAGCUUCUCAGAUCAUAGCAUGGAGCCGAUCACACCCUUCAUCACCCAACAAGGUGGUAGCCGCCACCAACAGCACCGUUAAGUCUCUAGUGGUCGUUGGGGAGCUACUAUUCAGUGCUCACCAAGACCACAAAAUCCAAGUCUGGAAAAUCGACAUCAAUGUCAUUACAAAACCACACGAUCUCAUGAAAAACACUUCAAAUGCAUCGCCACCCUCCCCACCCUAA